AGGACUGAACAACAGACUCACCACACACAUGCACGCGCACGCAUAAGCACAUACACACCAUCUCUCCAGCGUGUUGAUUUAUGGAAACAAUUAUAAUUCUGGUGGAGUCUUUCUGAGCUGCGAAAGUUUGUAGCCACAGUAGUGUGUUUCAUGUUGCAAAAAGCAGACAACAGAAAUGGAAUACUUGGGCAUCCGGCUCUUAUCAACAGGAACAAAUCUUUUACUUUCAGUGCAAGCAGCAAAUUCAAGUAGUACAGAAGGUCACAACGACAAAGGUUUUUAUAACUUGUGUCUCUAAAGGAUAUUCUGACUGAAGAGAUAUUUAAGAAGCUCUUCUGUUUCGCCAUUAACUAUUAAGGAAUAACGAUCAGAAUUCUAGAAGAGGGAACAAUCUCAUUUAAAUGAAUCUGUAACUCGCAAAGACAGAAGGCAGGUCGGUGACCUAAGACCAACAGUCUACUUCAGAUUUAAUUUUCAUUAUGUUGUUCAUGAACACCCAGAACACUGCACUAUAAUGCACAAAUGGAUACUGACAUGGAUCCUGCCAAUUUUGCUCUACAGAUCAUACUUUUACAUUAUCUUUCUAAUGGGCACUAUAUCUUUAGCUUGCAAUGACAUGACUCCAGAGCAAAUGGCUACAAAUGUGAACUGUUCCAGCCCUGAGCGACAUACCAGAAGCUAUGAUUAUAUGGAAGGGGGGGAUGUAAGAGUGAGAAGACUUUUCUGUCGAACUCAGUGGUAUAUGAGGAUUGAUAAGAGAGGCAAAGUAAAAGGGACAAGAGAAGCAAACAACAACUACAGUAUUCUAGAAAUACGAACAGUGGCAGUUGGAAUAGUGGCAAUCAAAGGAGUGGAAAGUGAAUACUUUCUGGCAAUGAACAAGUCAGGAAGACUCUAUGGAAAGAAAGUAUGCAAUGAGGACUGCAACUUCAUAGAACUGAUUGAAGAAAACCAUUAUAAUACAUAUGCUUCUGCAAAAUGGACACACAAAGGAAAGGAGAUGUUUAUUACAUUAAACCACAAGGGGGUUCCCAUGAAAGGUAAAAAAACAAAGAAAGAACAUAGAGCAUCCCACUUUCUUCCUCUGGCAAUAUCCUAAUCACAAAUGAUCUAUAAAGAACUAGUUCCAGCAGGAAGAUUAUUUUUAAGAAGACUGUUUGACAAGAUAUCAAGAGAGGCUGGAAUACUACUGAGAAACUGAACAAGCUGGACUUGCGCAUUUAUGUUUAUUUUUAAGAGACUACAUGAAAAAAAAAUUGAAAAUAUACACAAAACCAGAUUUACUAACUAAAAGUUGUAAAAAAUUCUAAAGAGUUGUACAAUCGUUAUCUUAGUCAUUGUAACUAGGUAGUUUCUUAAAUUAAUUUACCCUGAAGAAUAAGUCAUGACUUGAUUAUCUGAUAAUAUUUUAUUUAAAGAAAAAAUACCCCUAUCUGCUUCUUAAAAAUGGCUGCUAUAAUAAUAAUAAGCAGAUGACAAUGUUGUGUAAAAUAUGUCAGACUUUAAGGCUGCUGGAAUGAGUUGUCAGAUUAUCAAGUCAAUGGUAAAUGUAGAGGCUGAGCAGUAUUUUAAAUACUUUCCCCAAGAAACUGAUAUCCUAUACAUAAACUAUAUGAUCAGAAAAAAAUAUAUAAUCUUGUAAAUGUUUAUUGUUGUAUUCAGAUAAAAGAGUUAGCUUGGAAAAUUUAAGUUUACUCUACUACAAAAUGUUCCUAUCUAUUAAUGAAACAAAUACCUAAUGCUGCUCUAAAAGAUGUUUCAAAUAGUGUAUGUAAAAUAAGAAUAGGAAUAAAUAACGUACUUCAUCUCACUUUUCACAAAUUAACAUUUUAUAUAACGAUGAAGCAAAAAAUUCAGACAUAUUAAGGUUUUUUAUGUAACAUAUCCUAUCUUUUGUAUAAUUCCUGUUAGGGCAUACAGCUUUCAAUAUUGUUUUUCCAUCCUUAUACAUGCUUUUUCCGUUGUUACAGCAUUAAACUUUAUUUUAAGUUGUAUUUGAACUUUAUUGUUCUAAGUUAUUUAAAUGUUAUUUAUAAAAAAAAAAUACUUAUUAAGCUGCAUCUGUUUCAUAUGCUUUUAAUUCUAAAGGAAUAACAAAAUGGUCUGGCUGAGACGCAUGAAUUUUUUUUCUGUGACCAGACACAAAGACUAGUACACAACCCUCUUGCCAACAUACAUUGGAUGGCAGACAAAAAUGACAGCCUGCAGCAAAUCACACAAUGGACAUCUCAAAAGCAACAAUGCAAAAAAGUAAAAAAAAAAUCUUUGCCACACACUCUUGCUAAUUAAAUUUAAUAGCAGGCUCGGAGUUACACCAGGUAAAAGAAAGUUACAGCUCCAGCAGGUACCGGGACUAAUCCUCAGAUGACAGAACCUGUACUCACAGAUACAGAAAGAUGUAAGAGCCUAUAUGACUAGUUUGAAAUUUCAGCCAAAAUCAUUUUGACCCGAUGAAGAAAAGACAUGUUAAUUUUCUAGCUAUUGAAGUGCUCAACUAAGCCCUACAUGACUAAUGCAUUAUAGAAUUUCCUUCUGUUCAGUUUGCCCACAAGUUUUCUUGGUAUUGUGAUAAUUGUGCAUAGAUAAAGAUCACCAAAAAAUUAGCUAAAAACUAAAACAUGCCAAUCCAGGUGACUGGAAUGGAGUCAAGUUAAAUUACUAAUGGUCUUAAAUGCUCUGCUUUUCAUUACAAGUGCCUAGAGUCAAUCAAUUUUUCCUACACGAGACAGUUGCUUUCUAACAGCGCUCUCAGAAACAGAAACAAUUCUCUUUAACAAAUAAUUCUUUUUUUUUAAAAUUACUUGUUUAACAAACACUAUAGUUUGGAAAUAAUUUAUGAUUUUUUCACUUGCUAAUAUCAAACAUCAACAUGUAGAUAUAAAUGGAUCUAUGCAGAGAAAUUUGUCAAUACAGCUGUAUCAGUAAAGCUUCACUCUGCUUUUCUUAGUUUAUCUAUUACUUUUUUACUGAACACAACAGACGGUACUAUCAAAGAGACUUUUGCUGAUAACUCUCUGCACUACUUUCUGUGAAUAUAUAAACACUGAAACAAAGUUCACACUCACGAUCAACACCAACAUACUUGCAGAAGCUUCUACAUCUAGAUUAGAUGAAGGUUUGAAAUAAAAAUUGAAAGAACAAAAUCUCAUUAAGAUUGUGCUGAAGAGCUUUACAGAAGUUUGAAUUAGAAUAUUAACAUAUACAUCAAUAUAUGAAUAUGUAUGCCAAAAAAAGCUUAAAAUUAAAUCCAGAUACAGACAAGCUCUUCUGAGGAUCUUCUGAUUAUGUAAUUCAAGAAUACAGGGAUGCAGUCAAACAUUUUCCAAACCCCAAUGGUAAUUAGCCCUUACUGCUAUAUGCUUUAUCUAAUGGAUCACUAUGUUACCUUCAUUAUCAGGUAAACCAAGGCUGCUCUCUGUCUUACAGCUUUCAUAUCUGAAAUGCAUGCUAGGAGUGACUAGUUCACAAGAAGGCACCUAAGUGCAAAUGAUACCAUCCUUCAGCGGCACAGUCGGUGGCCUUUCAUGUUGCGAUACCUUCCUCCUAUUGACUUAGCAAAGGAGAGGUGGUAUUUCAGAAAAAAACAGUAUUUCACCUUUCUUUUCUGCUUUCUCUUUCACUUAUUCUGGCAUUUUAAUAGUAAAACAGACUUAAAGGUGAGAACAUAUCCUGAGUUAUUCUAGUCCAGAACACAGUAGAAAAGGUGAGCAGAAAACCAAGAUCAGAUCAACUAAUUUGAAUGAUUUUCAAUGAGUUUUUAACUUUGAAAACAUCUUCUGAAAUAAAAUAUAUUUCUUUUCAGUUGACUCAAAAAAAAUCAGUGUAGUGGUAAAAACAGAGAACAGAAAGUUCAUAGUGAUGAUCUACAGUAGAAAACUAUUAUGAGAUAAUGAUUAAAAAAAGAAUCUCCUAGAUUUUAACAGAAAUUAUUUAAACAGAUGUCAGAAAUCCUCACAAAAGCCUUUUACAGCAAUUACAUCACAACCCAAUCUUAACAUCAAUCGUGCCAUGUACCAUGUGGGAGGAAAACAAGUUUGUAUGAAAAGAAACACAUAGACCUGUCUGUCUAUGGCUCAUUACUAACCUUCAUAACACUAAAGGCUCAAGAAAAGCCAAAAUGGGCUAUAAAAGGCACUCUCGGUUGCAAUGUAUUUGUUUUUCAUUCAGAUGCAUCCGCUUUCUUCCAGCUGCAGACACUACAACGUGUAAAUACACUGUGGUUCAGAACUGAAAUAUAAGCUGCUUUUGUUUAAAUGGCCAUUCUAUUUAGCCACCUUCCAUAACCAUUCACACUUCCAGGAAACUGCACCAUUAUGCAGCCUCUGUAAAUUUAAUUAACAAGGUUCUACUUAUUGUAUUAGUGCUUACUUUUUGUAUUAGUGCUGAUAAAUACUCGAUGACACAGAAAUGAGCUAAUCUUAUCUGGGAAAUCUCGUAGAAUACUGUGGAAUCUCCAUUCCCAGAGGUUUGCAAGACCUGACUGGACAAAGCCCAAGCAAAUUAUUCUAAAAUCAGUGUGGACCCUAUUUCAAGCAGGCGAUUGGACAAGAGACCUCCAGCACUCUUCCAACCCAAAGGAGACUAUGAUUCCAUAUGAAAGUUAUUUUCCUUAAAACAACCAUGUUUUAAUAGUGCAGUUCCUUCUCUUUGAACAACUACACAAAACAUGUUUUCCAUGUUAGGGGGAUAAUGACACAUUUGCCUCAUAGUUUAUCUAGAAUUACUUGUAUGUCACUGAAGGUAUGCAAAAUGCUGUAAAAUACACUGAAUAACACAACAAAGAGUGACAAUUGGACAAUUUCCAUGACCUUAAAAAGACAUGAUAUGGUACAAUAUGGUCGCACUUUUAGUUCCGUUGCAAGUACUUUAAAACACCACCUAUCAUAGCUUCUGUAAUAUUCAGAUUACAAAAUGAUUAAUCAAUUGAAUAACUAUUAAAAUACAUUUGCCUGUGUUUUAUAGUAAUAUUUGAAGAAAAGAUGUAUGUUCUUGAAUGAGCUGAAGCCAAAUGUA